CCGCAACAAUCCUUCGGGUCGCCCGCACUUCACCAGAGCUCUAAGCCCUCCGUCACACCCACGACCCCGAAAGCGCCCGAGCCCAUGCCCCUGCCCCGUAGGGGAGGGGAACCGCGCCUGGCCGGCGCCCGUGUGGUCCGCACUAGCCUCCCGCGGGCGACGCCCCGCUCCCCAAGGCGUGUCGGCCGCGGGGCCCCACUGUUGAGCCAUGCGCAACGCCUCACCCGGCGGCGCCAUUCCUCCGACCAGGUCCCACCGGAGCCCGAGCAGGCAGACUUCCGCUCUGGAAAGUGGGUCCAAGAGCGCGCCGGAGGGGACGCUAGGGACCCGCAGCACACGUCGCCUGCCAGAAUGGGCUCCCGGCAAAGGGUUGCUGGUACAGAAGAAGUGGUGAUCCCUUGUGCUUCUGACAGUGACUCAGGAAGUAUAGAUCUACAGCUGAGCAAUUUAGAAGACAUUCAGAAAGAUGCAACUAAUGUUGAAUUUGCAGAUUCGGACAUCGCUGACAUCCCUGAACUCAUUCAGGAGCCCCUUCCAGAUAACCUCACACCCCUGACUCCCCAGGCACCACUCAAUGAGGCCAACGUUGAGAAGCUGGUCCAGUCCAUCCAGGAGGUUUUACAUGGUGAGCUAAAGGGUGAAUCUGAAAAGCUGAUGUUCCUAAGAUCUUUGUCUUCUUUGAGCCAAACUUUACCUUAUGACGAAACCACAGAAUCAUUUAUUCACCGACACACACCAGAAAUAGUGCAUGUCCUAAGUGUGCUGGUACAAGAGGAGCCUCUGCACUCUCUCUCCAGCCUGGUGCGCCAGGAGCUGUUUGUCACCAUCACUGACCUCAGUUACCAUGAUGUGCACCUCUUAUUUGGCUCUGAAGACGGAGAAGACUUGCUUGGUCUUAUCACCAAAAGUAUAAUCUCUCUGCCUGCUGUAAGCACCCCUACCCAGCUGCUGAGCACAGCGUCAAACCAGACCAGCCACCCAGAGUGUCUCUACAGACAGACAUUCCAAGCCUUCUCUGUGAUGUUGCAGAGUCUGGUGGUAAAAGAUCCACAUUUGGAAAACUUUGACAACAUUUUUAAGCACAUGGACCCCUGGCUACAGUCAUACAAAGACCACGAGCGAGAACGGUCUACAGCUGUCAUGGCCCAAGUCCUCAAAUGCUUAUCCUGUUAUCUCAACCUGCAGCUUCCACUGCAGUUCCAAAGACUUGGACAUCUAGUGGCUGUGAUGGCACUGCUGUGUGGUGACCCACUGAAAGAGGUGGCUGAAGAGGCUGCAGAGGGAACACAUUACCUGCUUCAUAUCACGCUGAAACUGAAGUAUAUCACACAGGACAGAGACAAUGGCAAGAGUUUGAGAGAAACUUUGAAAAAGUGCAGGGAGCUGCUGGAGCAUUAUAGCGUCAAACAGUUCUACCGCUGUCCAUUCAAAAUUGUCCAGGUCUUUGAAGUUUUCCUUAAUUCACAAGAACUGGGCCAGUUUAUAAUGACUACGUUGGACAGCCUGAAAAGCCUGCCCCAUCCCCGUACCCAGCAGACAGCAGGAGAGUUAUUGAUAACCUUGGUGAGGAGUGCAGAGGCCCGAUUUGAGAAGGUGCCAGAAAUAAUAGGCGUUAUCUGUGCCCGGCUAUCAAUAAUCACACUGCCUACUGUCCGGCAACAAAUCAUAAAUACUGUGAGUUUGUUUAUCUCCAGACCUAAGUAUACAGAUAUAGUGCUCAGCCAUCUUUUAUGUCAUCCAGUGCCAUAUGACAGGCAUCUGGCUGAACUGUGGAGAACCCUGGAGGUGGAACUGUCUAACACGACCUGGGUCCUGUGGAGGCUCCUGAGAAAGCUGCAGAAAUGCCAUGAUGUGCCCACCCAAGAGAAGAUGGCCUAUGUGGCUGUUGCUGUAACAGAUGCCCUUUACGAAGUGCUCAUGGGAAACAAACUUCGAGCAGCUGCAUUCCGACUCUUUCCUCAGCUCUUGAUGGCACUGCUCAUCCAGAUUCACCACAGCAUUGGCCUCACCAUGUCUGAUGUCAGCAUCCCAAGUGGCCUGUAUGCAGAACAGGAAAUACCAAUGGAGGUCACACCUCUGCGCUUCGCCAUACAAGCUACAAAGACUCUCCUCCUCAGAACAUUGUGCUGGCAAGAAUUCAGCAUCAUGGAAAAGAAUGAUGGAUGGACUCUUCUGAAGGGAGAAUGCCAUCUUCAGGGGGUAUCUCUCCUUGCCAAUGCCUUGCUGGAAAGAAGUCACCUCUUUGCAUAUAAGACCAUGUACUUGUUAGUCCCUUUGAUUAACCGAGGGAAUGAGAAACACAAACUCACAUCUGCAGGUUUUUUUGUGGAGCUCUUGAAGAGUCCAGUGGCCAGAAGAUUGCCCAGGUUAUACUCCACUGUGCGCCUGAAAGACUGGCUGUAUGGUGAGAAUAAGCUCUUCAGGAUUCUUGCACUGAGGGGACUACAUAAUCUUGUCAGACACCGAGAGAUGAGAGAAGAUGUCAAAAGCACGAUACCCUGCAUCUUAGACAGCUUAAACGAGACGGAUGAGAGGAUCGUUUUGUUGGCCAUCCAGAUACUCAUGCAGCUUGUCAAGACACUGGACUCUACCACCUUGGCUACCAUGAUGAAGAUCCUGUGUUCCUUAUUUGGUGACGUGAGACAUGACGUCCAUCAUUUCUCCAUGACUCUCUUUGGAGCCUCCAUAAAGGCUGUGAAACAUACAGACAAGAAGUGUGUGGAGAGCCACGUCCUGGAAAGCUUGGUUCCACUACUUCUGUUUUCUCAGGAUGACAAUGAUGACAUAGCUAAGGAGAGUAGACGAGUCCUAACUCUAUGUGCCCAGUUCCUGAAAUGGAAGCUGCCCCGAGAAGUGUACUGCAAAGAUCCCUUAUACAUCAAACCAAAUGAAGUUAGAAGGGUCUGCAGAUUCUUUGGCGAAAAAAGCAAGGGGAAAAUAAACAUCCUAGACCAAACACUAAUGUAUUCCAAGGACCCAAAACUUCCCAUCAGAAGAACAGCUGUCUUGUUUAUAGGGAUCUUAUCAAAUUAUGUGGAUCCCAGUGAACUCAAGAGAAAGGGUACUGACAUAGAAAAUGAUCUGAGAGAACUGUUACAAGAUCCUGAGCCCUCUCUGCGCAUCAUCGCCUCCCAGGCUCUGUUCCGAAUCCAGAGGGUGAGGAAUGAGUCAGAAUCCCAGAUAAGAACUUCCUGGUUGAGGAAACUCUUUGGCUGUCUUCAUACUUAGAAUGCAAAACACAUAGCAGCAGAUGGGAAACUGAGGAAACAAGCAUGAAAGUGAGUUGCUCUGGGUCACACAACUAGUAAAUGGCAAAGCCAGGAUUACCCAAGUACUCUGAUUCCUACACCCACACCCUUGGUUAGUCUGCUGUACUCUUCUCCAGUCUACUCUUUCUUGCAAAUGGGAAUAAACACAGAUCUUCUCUACAGUUCAUCUCGGUAGCUGAAUUUGUGCUCCAAAUAAACUUGUGCAACCAAAUAUGUUUUUAGUGAUACUGAGCCUCCAGUGUUUUUUAUCAAAUUCAUGGACUGGACACUUCUUUCCUAAAGUUAGCAUAAUGUACAUUUUGAUCACAGAGAAUAUCCAACCAUCCUGUACUGUAAAGACAAUGGAGUUAUAUAAAAACUGGUGGGUUUUUUUUUAACCCUUUUUCUCAGUCCUUGGUUUGAUUUCAUGCACUGUUCCAUUCUCAGGGUAGAAAUAGACCUGUAGGGAUGAAAAGAUACUCAUCUUUAAAUUUCCAUAUUUAAAAAAUGAGAGAACAAGUCAGGCAUGGUGUCUUAUACCUAUAUCCCAGCACUUGAAAGGCAGAAGGGAGAGAAGUGUCACAAGUUCAAAGUUAUCCUGAUCUAUGUAGCAAAUUCCAGGCCAGGCGCAGCUAUUUAGCAAGACUGUUACAGAACGAGUGAAUAAAUUCCCUUUUUAAAUCCAAAAAUGUAGGGAGAUAAUGAUACCAGAGGCUAAGCUAAGGAUGUGGUUUAGAUAUCUAGUGGCAAGAAAAACACUGAACUGUUUAGUGGCUGGCUGCUUUGCUUUUCUGAUCUUCACAUUGAGCCCCAAUAUCUGUCUCUGGCUUUUUAUUAUUCAUGCUACAAAAACUAAAGAAGUUUACAAGCUAGUCCUCAGGCCUUUCUCCUGCAAUUACCUUGGUGACUUCUAAAGAACUUAUGGAUUAUAUUACUGCCCAGAUUUGUCAUUUCAGCAAUAGACUUCAUAGGAUUAUAAAGUCUGGUCAACCAAUCCAUUGCAUUUUAUUGAAGUAUUAAAUGAAAAAAGGUUUUUGUUUUAAAAAUAGCUUAAAUAACUUUUAAGCCACAGUCCAUAACUUCCACUAUGGUAAUCUGCUUUAGAGUUUAAAUGAAGUUGUGAGGCCUUUACUUCCUGUAAGAACCCUAUGUGAAACUGUACUAUAGCUAAAAUUGCUUGUUCCUUUGCUUGAAGGCUCAUCCUACUUAAAGUCUUUUAACACCUUGGCCUAGACAGAAACCUGUUGCUGGGGUGCUGUGCAGCUGUUUCCUCUGAAUUGAAGACUUCUCUCCAUAUAUAUAUAUUUGUGUGUGUGUUUAUAUGUGUGUUUCACACAGACAUAUAUGUGCAUUAAAUAAUUGCUAGGGAAACUCAGGCUGGCUCUGAUGUCAGCUAGCUGUACAGGGAGCUCCAAGGAUGUAGCUUUUGUAGGUUGUCACCCAUGAUGGAAUGGGCUUUUGUAUGAUGCAUCCAUGCUCCUUGACUAUCCAUGCUCCUUCCUCUAAGUACCCCAAUAAACUAACUCACACUUUCACUAAA